AUGAAGACACCUCCCGUAGAGAUACUUACGGAUAUCUUCCUACUCUGCUUGCCUACCCCUCCAACGCCUUUACAUCCCGACGAUGCGCCUAUAUUGCUGACGCGUGUCUGUCGAGAGUGGCGAGGUCUAGCGUUAGCGACACCGCACUUAUGGACAACCUUGCGUCUGUCGACUUUCGAUCACCCCUCCAUCGUUUCUGCGCUUCAGCAGUGGCUCUCCCUCUCUCAGACUUUACCGCUCACUAUCGACGUCGACAUCGCCAAACCCAACGGCAAUCAUUCUAUCUCACAGAAUGUAUGCAUACAGGCUAUAUGUGGCGAAGCCACUCGAUGGUCGACUCUACAGCUGCGGCCUUUUCAUUCAAGUGCUCUCCGCGAUAUCUCCUACUUCCUUUCCCCUUCUUAUAGCCCCAUUCUCAAGAAGCUGGCACUAGGCUUUCAUCGCAACGACAACCGAGACAUUGACAGCGACGACUCUCUGCAUAUUCUUGAGAGCCUCGCUGGCUGCCAACGAUUGACGUCUCUCUCUCUCACUGGCUGGGCUCAAGUUCUCUCCUUACGGCUCUCACCGAGUCUCUCCCUUCGUCAUCUCUGCCUGUCGUUCCACUGCGACAGAGCUUCUCCACUUCGGAUACCAACCUUCGUCCAGUGUAUGUCCAACUGCACGAUGCUCGAAUCGUUAGAGCUCGACCUACCGUUUACAUACAUGGCCCGUCCAACCCAUACCUCUCAAACGUUCGCCCUGCCGCACCUUCGUAUCCUGAAGAUGACCCUCGGUUAUUUCGAUCUCUUCUGCGAAGUUUUCCUGUCAUUCUCAGUACCGACGUCCUUAGAAGAGUUUUAUAUCACAACGGGAGACAACGCCUUCUACGGUCCUGCCGCGGACUGGUUAGCGGAACUUUUCUCCAACUGUUCUCGCACACUCCGGAAGGUCCAUAUAGAUGUCACCUGGGAUUAUAUGUUCGAGUACCCCUGUGUUCGAUCGUCUUUCUCUCAUCUCUACGCUCUUCAGUCCCUGUCCAUACGCGGAUUGCGGUAUUUUUCCCCGUAUCUCACACCUGUCCUCCGUUCCUUCAUCCUCGACCUCAGCCACGACUCGUCGCCACAAAACGUCGUAUUACAACACUUACUGUUGGCGUCUUACGACUCACGCGAUGCCGCCGCAAUGCGCGUCGCUCAAGGUUCCCCUCUCUAUCGAGAGUUCUUCGAGUCAGUGAUCGAUCUCGUUCGCUCGCGGCGAGAUUUUGCUGCCGAAGCGACGACCAGUGAUGGGGAAAAGGUUCAUCGCCUUUCAUCAUUCGUGUUCGAAGGUCUUCCGGAGCUGUACAAAGUCAAAUGGUCGGGAAAGUUAGCGUACGUUGCGGAUAGUCGAGAUAUCAUCGCGGAGUUGGUGGAUGGAGCAUCAGGGAUGAGCUAG